AUGGAUUUCACGGACAGUUUUCAGCAUUCCAUUGCCGGAAAGGCAUUUCUCUCGUUCGAUGAGUUCCAAAAAGAACUGGAUGCCUUUACCGAGGUACGUGAUUCUAAGAUUUAUGAGCUCCGGUAGGAAAGUGGCAGUCAAUUUAUUUUGAAGAAAAGACUUAGACAUAACCUGGGACACUCGAUGAGAGACAUUCAUCAAUAUCGCUAUGCCCACUUUGUUUGCGCUUAUGCUUACUCGACUGACUGCGAGGCCUUUUUUACUAUUGCCUCGAAAAGCUCCUGUCUACGCGUCAUUCAAUUCUUCAUGGCCCAUAACCAUGCGGUCAUAUAUAACCCGGCCUUUCGACAGCGCGACCCCAACGGUUAGUACUAAAUUAACCUUAUUCUUGUAAAUUUAGACGAGGAUGGAUAUGAAGUUCGGUGCGACCUCUCCCAGGAAUUCGAAAGUUCCUUCCCUGUCAAGCAUUUCGGAACUUACGAAGAGUUCGAAGAACAGCUUAAAAAAUUUCAAACAGUACUCAUUAAAGAUUUUAUUCAUAUUCUCAACUAAAGAAAACGAAAAGUAUCUACAUUAAACGCAACGCGUGUCGUUGGCCUCCAGACGCGUUAGAGAAACAACACCUGGUUUACCGGCGGCUUAAAAUCGAAUGUGUACACUACGGACAGCGAAAACGAAACAAACCCAAUAAACCGAACAUAAAGUAAUUUUCAUAACUCAGUAAUACUUUGCAGGAUCAGCUGUAAACUUGGUUGUAGAUCCUGCUUUUAUAUCACUUCGAGCAAUGGUUAUAUCACAGUUACAAACGUAAACAUGAAGCACAAUCACCCAGUGCCAAUAGAAUCGGCACUUCAGUAUCCUCAGCAGACAGGCAGAAAUUCGGGCGAUGAUGUGAGAAACAGUUUGAAUUAUUUACCUACAGAAUUAUUCCGAGUACAAUGUAAUUUUCGACGGAACGACCCAGUUCGUUGAGGUCUUUUCCUCGGGCAGGUUUCCGACCUUUGAUGAUUUCGCUAGUCGCCUUGAGGAAUUCCAAAGGGUACUCUUGUCUUUUCAACAGUAACCUAUUUCUGAACAAAAGGAGACUGGGUGUUUUUACAGUCGGCGAUCCACAGUUGUUUGGCCUCCUGAUGCCUAUGGCAAAGAACACUUAAAGUACAAGUUCGUAAUUUACGACUGUGUACACUAUGGAAGCACUCGCAGCACCAAGAGAUGUCGAAGAACCAAGAGAAAUAACGGCUUUUGGUAGGAGAAAGAAGUAUUUCUCACCUUUCAAGUUUCAAAAACAAGGUUGGUUGUAGGUCCUCAAUGCGAAUUUCAUCUGCCAAGGGAUACGUAGAGAUUCUGUCGUAUGAGAUGCGUCACAAUCAUCCACCCUCAUUAGAAGCUUCCGGUGAGUACCAACCUCAUAGCUGGCUCUUGUCUGGCAUCAGCAUUAAUGAAGAAGAAGGUCUGAUCGUGAAACGGCGUCGGAGGGCGAAGAAUCGAUACAACGCGAGACCACCCAAAGCCGACCCUUCACAUGUCUUAUCUGAUCCUAACGUCGAAUUGAUUAGACCACAACUUGAGAAACUGCGGGAAUUGGCAUUGUCCGCAAGCACGGAACGGUUCCAUUCGUUCUUGGCACAACUGUCUGAUUUUGAAUCUGAAUGGAAGGCAAGACUUCAUUUUCACAGUCAAUCAGGCCAGUAUUUUAACCGCACCGACGUUCCUGCGAUUGAUGAGACUUAG